AUGUUAUCAUUCAAACUAUCCUGGAUCACUACGUCUUUAUCUCUUAAAGGUCAUAGGAAACUGCGACAAUGGAUUGACUGGUCAUUGAAUUUAUUGGCAGACCCUUUGUAUGGGAAGAUGAUGACACAAUGCUUUAAAAUGUUAACACAAUCAGAUGAUGGAUAUCUAAAUAAAGAGUGUUUUUGUUCAGUAAAAUUGUUAUACAGACAAAGAAUAUUCUGUUAUGUUAUUGAACCACUCAUAUGUAAGUAUAAUACAUCGCCUGAAUCUGUUAAAGAAAAUUAUCUCAUUAGUAUUUUAUACCAAAUGGAUGGUAAUUCAUAUGUGACUCUUUCACCAUAUUUUUCAAAGAUAUUACCUCUAUUACUUCAACUUUUAUCUCCAGAAGAAGUUUAUGUCUUACAGUCGUUGCAAACUUUUUGUAAUCUAUUAGAAUCCAAGACUCCAGUAUUGGAAGAUUAUUUGCAAUCUUUUGUUCCAAAAUUGCUAAACCUAUCUCAAAGUUCAAAGUAUAUGAAUAUAAGAAUAGUAGCUUUACAAUGUCUUUACAACUGCUGUGACUAUUCAUUAAUCAAACUUUUACCCUUAAAAAGACAGGUUAUUUCUGAACUGUCAAAAUGCUUGGAUGACAAAAAACGAUUGGUUCGAAAAGAAGUGGUUAGAACAAAAUCUCGAUGGUUGUCCAUAGAUGUAGUAAAUGAUGAUGAUUAA